AUGGGGGGAUUAGACAACGAUAUCGGUGUUUACGGUCGUUGUGGAGAAUGUAAUCAAAUCGUUCAUGCAUUAUCAAGUGCAUCUUUCGUUUAUUGCAGCGGCUGUGGAACAACGAAUCCUCUCAAUUCGCUGAAAAAUGCACGAGAAAGUUCCGUCUGCGAGAAGCUGCUACAACACAGCCUUGAUAUGAGUAAAUCGCUGGAGCUUGUGGCGUUUCGCGGCGUCCACAACUUCGAGGCGAAGCUUUUGUCGCCUUUCCUCAGCCGCUACGGGAUGGACAGAGACGGAGCACCCAAGCUUUUGCGAGAAAUGAACAUGGGCGACACUUUCGACUGCGCACUUUUGGCGAAUCGACAUUUCCGAAUCAGAGACAAGCAGAAAGCCAUUCCUGGAUCAGGAAAGGACAAAACAGUUUACCAGACCGGAUAUCUCGACGAUACCCUCACAGUUGUCGCCGAAGCCAAUCGCGUUCCAGAAGCACUUAUUGCCGCGCAUGCGGAUCCGGAUGGUCAUUGCCUGGUUCAUGCGAUUUCCAGGGCGAUUUCAGGAACUCAGCUUUUCUGGCACCCGCUUCGAAUGUCUAUCAAAGAACACCUGCAGUCAAAUCUUCUUCAAUACCGCAGAUUAAUGGUCAAUUACGUCGAGGACUCCGAGUGGCCGGUGAUCAUCGACGAAGCCGAUCCUUGUUAUUUAUCCGGCGGGGCGACUCUUGGAUUGAGAAACAUCCACGUCUUCGCUCUUGCAAAUGUCCUCAGACGGCCUAUCAUCCUGCUCGAUUCGCAAAACGGCAUGGGCAGUGUUGGAGACUACUCGGCGAUUUUCCUUCCCGUCCUGGCCGGACCGUCCAAAUGCAGAGACAAAAGCAACAGGCCUCACCCGCCGAUCGCGAUCGCAUGGGCAAGUCCAGGGCGAAAUCACUUCAUCCCCAUUCUCCCAAAGCAUUAUUCCAACGACCAACACAUCAUCCUCCCGAUGACAGUUCUACCUCCGGUCUGGCUCGUUUCGCAGGACGACUUGCAAGACUACGUGACCUUCAAAUCGACUCCAAGUGGAACAAAGGGAAUCCAGCUUGGCGGUGGGAUCGAGUUUUCCGACGGUUAUUUAGUCAAAUUAAUCGGCGCCAUGAGAAGAGCGUUUUCAGCGGAGGAAAAGGUUCAGACGUUCAUGAUCACGAAACUCUUCCGCGAUGUUUACAGAGAAACCGACUGCACCCCGGCUAAUAUCACCGCGAACUACAAAAAAGCAAUGGGAGAGUCGCGGCUUUUCAUCUGUCACAAUUGCGGCUCGAUCGGCGAAGUGGAUUCUUCAGAUUUGAAGCCUCUUGGAGACUCGUAUGAAUUAGUGAAGGAGCAGCAAGGCUACCUCCAAGACAACAAGACUUAUCAGUUGCCAAACAACAUGACCGGCAUCUACGUUGCCGAGCACGAUCAGCUUCAGCUCGUCUUCGAAAAUAGUCACCCAGAGUGCCUGUUUUGCGGAACUCCAACAACGAGUGUGAAGCACAAAACGAUGAGUCUCCUCGAUUUGAAACGAAGAAGUGCUUCGAAUGUCCAAAGACCAGCGGGGAAGACUCUGCCGAAUUCAGAGAGCAUCAACAAGAAGCAAAAAGCCAUCGAGGAACAGACCAAAUCAGAUGUUGCUGGCAAAUCCGGCAACUUGCGAAUCAAAAUCUGUCUCUCCGACGGGCGCAGUGACGUGAUGCAGUUUUCUUCAGAUGUAAAUACUUCAACCUUUCUGUCGCUGAUUUCGCAAAAGUUCGACGUUCCAGUCUCCACCCUCGCCCAAAUCCGAUCGGGCCAUCCUCCGAAACUCAUGGACAAGACAAAAUCCAACUCGCCCGUUGAAUUUUCAAACGGCGAUCGAGUCCAAGUAACUCUUCGAUCAUCUCCAGUCUCCAGCCCUGUCCCGACACCUUCUUCUGGAACAAGAAUCACGGAGCCUCUCGCUUCCUCAAUGUAUACAAAUUCAAUUCCGGAGAGCGUCAAAGACUUUUGGAAAGAAGCCCAGAACAAAGAUAAAACCUUCUUCAACGCGCUGCUCGAUGAUAUCGGCACAGGAAAGUUCACUUCGCUAUUCAAAGAAAACGGCGGCUACGCACAGCUGACGCGAAAUAUCAAACGUGCUCCAUUGGAAGAAGGGCAGCAUUACAACUUGAUGAACUUUCAAGAUGUUGUAUUCUGCUGGGAAGAUGGGGCUUUUAAAGUCUGUCUGGGUCCAGAAAAACACAAAGAAAUCAACGACGGAUACUUGUAUACAGUUACGGCGAAUGAUUUGAAGAAAAACUGCAUGAACUUGUCAAGAAUUCCCACCUCAGACAUUGGCCCUGGAAUCUCUCGCAUCAGCGGCACAGGAUCAGCAACCCACGUUAUCGAUAAGACCGAAGAGCUUGCGCGCCGCCUCGCAAACCGAAAAAACUAA